UUUUUGAGCCGUGUUCGUGGAGUGUUAUUUCUGGUGUUAGCUGCUAGUAUAAUAUUGUAAUGUCACAAUAACUAUUUUAUCAGAUUUGUCAGCUAUAAACUUUUGGUCUGUUUUGAAAAUUCUUUAGUUUAACAAAAAAUUUAAUCUAACAAACCGCGUGAAAGUUAUUUAUGUAGAUAAAAUGUGAGGUAUCUAUAAUUUUAACCUUGGUUGAACUUUAUCAUUUUAUGUAAAAUCACAAUUUCUUGAUUUCAAUGUAACGCUCACAAUAAUAAUUAUUAGCUUCCUUUACAUCAGCGGAGUACAUGUUUAUAGAUGUUCGAUUUUUAAUUAGAAAACUACGUGUUAACAUGAACGUUCAUUUGGUUGUUAUUUUUUCUCUAUUUAUUGCGGUUGAUUUUGGCAGAAGUCUCAAAAUUUUAGGUGUAUUUCCUUAUUGUGCACACAGUCAUUUCAGUUUAGGACUUCGACUUAUGCAGGAAUUAGCAAAUCGAGGGCAUAACGUUACUUUUGUGAGUUGUUAUCCUCAAAACAAGGCAAUGGAAAAUUUUCGGGAUAUUUCGGUUGAAGAAAUUAGAGGACCCGUCGAUGAAACGAGAAAAGCUUUAGUUGAUGUUGGAAAAAUGUCAACAUGGGGUGAACUGAAUUGGAUAUCUUCAGUGGGUGAAUUAUACACCAGAGGAGUUCUGAGUAGCAAGGGGAUUCAAGAACUAUGGAAAUCCAAUGAAGAGUUUGAUGUUGUCAUAUUGGAACAUUUCGUAAAUGACGCAUUGGCUUAUUUUCAUAAAAGGUUCAAUUGUCCCUUAGUCACUUUAGCUCCUGGACCUAUGACUAUGUUUACAAAUCAUAUAGCAGGAAAUCCCAUACUACCAGCGUUUGUUCCUAAUAUAUUGGGUAAUUACGAUUCAAAGAUGAAUUUCUGGGAGAGAUUGGACAAUACCUAUAAACAAGUUCUUGGAGAAAUAUUUGUACGUUCGGUCCACAUACCAUCACAGAACAAUAUCUUGAAAGAGUUUUUUCCUGAUGCACCAGACCUAAGUACUUUCCUGUAUAACUCCAGUAUUUUCCUGAUAUGCUCGCAUAUAAGCCUCUCUGGUGUAGUACCAUUACAACAAAAUAUCAAAGAAAUCGGUGGUUACCACGUACCACCACCUAAGCCUCUACCAAGAGAAUACAAGAUAUUCAUGGAAAAUGCUACACAAGGAGUUAUAUUAUUUUCUAUGGGAUCAAAUUUGAAAAGUGCUAAUUUCGAGCCCGAGAAGAGAAGAGCGAUAUUAAAAACGUUUUCGAAAAUCAAACAAAAAGUGAUAUGGAAAUUUGAAUCAGAUCUUCCAGAAAAACCUGACAAUGUGCUUAUCAGUAGCUGGUUACCACAAUCGGAUAUUUUAGCUCACCCAAAUACAAUAGGAUUCAUUUCUCAUGGGGGUUUACUUGGUACAACCGAAGCAAUUUAUCACGGGGUACCUAUAUUGGGUUUGCCGACAUUUUGGGAUCAGAGAAAAAAUAUUGAGGAAGCAUCACGUAAAGGAUAUGGACUCAAGCUGGAUUUUGAGAAUUUGAACGAAGAAUCGUUUGACGCAGCUCUUGACGAGUUAAUUAACAAUCCAAAAUACUCAACAACUGCUAAGGAAAGAUCUAGAAUAAUGCAUGAUUUGCCAAUGAAGCAAAUAGACGAAGCAGUUUUCUGGAUAGAGUACGUGGUUAGACAUAAUGGAGCCGCACAUUUAAAACCGGCCGCAGUCACACUCAAAUGGUUCGAGUUGUAUUUAUUAGACGUGUUACUAUUUCUUGUAACAAUUUCUGCAAUUAUCCUUUAUGUCAUCCAAACUGUUGUGAAAUUAUUGUUCUGCAAAAAAAAGAUAUUAGAAGAAAAAAACAAAAGAGAUUAAAAUUAAAGAGAUUAGAAUUAAAGUUGUAAGAACUCA